UGGGGCCAGGUGCCGCAAUCGUUCACCCGGGAUGCAGGGCGGAGUCGGUGUGUGUGCAGGACGCUGCCUCUGUUGCUUCGUAUCUCACCUCAAAUCUUGUUUCCAGCAAUACCCUGCCUGGAGCAUCAGAAGAAAUUCCAGGAUUUGUGCUACGAGUUCAUGGAGCAGCAGGCGAGCUUUGAGAAUGCUCAGAAGCAGUGUGAGCGAGAAGGUGGGCAUCUCGCCAUUAUCCAGAACGAGGAAAUGUUCCAUUUUCUGCAGAACCAGAUGUCAGUCAAUAAGAAGUGGUGGAUUGGCUUAGUUUUGUCUGAAAUAAAAUCAAAUCAGAGACGAGAUGCCCCAGUGGUAUCCUGUCUGGAUGGAUUGGAACAAAUACAGAGUGAUGUGACUUCUGGACAGGAGCCAGAUCUAUCACCCAAGUGUGAUUACAUUUCAUGGAAGAAUGGGCAUCAGCUGUGGGGUACCACCAGGUGCAGCAGGAAGUUUUCCUCUAUCUGUGAAUUUGGUUCAAUCAUAAGGGAGCAAAGUCCAAUUAAGCAAAAGAGACAUAAAGACAACGAGCAAGAAGAAAAUAUACGUCCAUCAUCUCAAACGGAGAGAAACUUCCCAUCAGAAUCUAUCGCCAAUACCAUUUAUCCAUCACCUUCAUUCAGUAAAAAAUUUUACCCUGCAAGGCCAUCGCCUGCAAGUAAUUCCAUUCAAACAGUUUCACACUUUUCCUCUUCAAGGCCAUUUCCUACAGGUUCAACCAUAAGGGAGCAAAGUCCAUAUAAGCUGACAGAAAAGGCAAUGCUGUAUUUCUACUGCAUAUUGAGAAGUGUGGAUGAUUUGAUAAAAGUGGAAGAGGUGUCGGCAUUUCUAGAUCGACUGAUGAAAACCAGCAGUAAUCUGACAUUAACAGUUCAAGUAAAAGCCAGUGAAGUGCUUCUCUUCCUGAGUAUGCAGUUGCUGCACCUACAAGAUAAAGCUCAUAACUCUUCCGAAAAAGUAAACUUGGUCGCCAGUUCUUUGUUUCAUACAGUGGAUCAAAUGUUAGAAGCAAUGCAGUCAGAACCUGCGGCAACCACCAACACAAGGGACAUGAUGAUGAAAAUGACAAGCAAUCUGAUGCAGUCGCUGGAGAAAAUACAAGAUGUAUUAUUAGCCACAAUAAAGGAAGGAGAUAAACCGGUUACGAUGCAAGGACUGAAACUUAGCAUGUACUUGAGCAGGAACAGAUCAGUUGACCUACCGAGUAACACAGUUUCUACCCCAGAACCCGGCCGUGUAAGCUUCACCUUUCCCUCUCAAAAUGCUAUAAAGCACAUCAUUGAUGCAGAUUCUUCAAUUCAAAUCAAGCUGGUUGGUUUUGAAUUCAAUCCCUUUUUAUCGAUUGGAGGUAAACAACUCACCGGGAAUGUGGGUAGUUUAAGUCUGCUGAACUCUAAUAACUCUGAAGUAGCAGUCUACAAUUUAUCAGAGAACUUUGAGAUUAAUCUUUCCAGGAAUAAUGUAACCAAAGUGUUCAAAUCAUUUAAAAAUCCCAUGAGUGUGGAGCUCAAUGUCACUUCAGAUGAAGAUACAGUGGUAAUCAACAUAAAACCACAAGAACAUUACCCACUGCAGCUGUUCCUUGGCUUUCAGUAUAGACCGACUGAGACAAAGUUUCAGCUUCAGACAGUGCUGCCCAUUCUAGAUGACAAUGGAGAUCCCAUGUAUACCUGGAUUCUGACUCCUGGAAUGCUAACACAUGGAGUAGGAGUUUACUAUGUGAUGAUCACAUCUCCUACAACCUCCCAGGCAGAGGUCAUAAACUACACCGUCAAUGUCUUUACAACACAGUGUUUGUUCUGGGGAGGACAAAAUUGGUCAACUGAUCAAUGCCAGGUUGGACUAAAGACAACUCCUGACCACAGCCAUUGUCUUUGUAACCACCUAACUUUCUUUGGCACCACUUUCUUUGUUAUGCCUAAUGCACUGGAUUUGACCCAGAUACCAGAACUGUUCACUCAAACCAGUCAAAACCCUGUGGUGGUGUCACUGGUGGCCAGCAUCUUUGGUGUUUACAUUAUUGUUGUUGUUUGGGCUCGAAUAAAAGAUCGAAGUGACUUAAGGAAGGUAAAGGUAACAGUCCUACAGGAUAAUGACCUACUUGCGCAAUACUGUUACCUGAUCAGAGUUCACACCGGCUUUCGCAGAGGGGCAGCUACCACAGCUAAGGUGGUAAUUCUGCUCAUGGGCUCAGAGGGACAGAGCGAUCCUCAUCUCCUGACUGAUCCUGAGAAGCCUGUCCUUGAGAGAGGUGGAGUUGAUGAAUUCCUUCUGACUACUUUCUUUUCACUGGGAAAUCUUCAGUCCAUAAGGUUGUGGCAUGACAAUUCAGGAUCCAGUCCUUCCUGGUAUGUGAAUCAUGUGACUGUCGUGGAUAUUAAAGCAGGCCAGCAAUGGCACUUCAUCUGCAAUUCAUGGCUGGCAAUCGACAUUGGUGAAAACAUCUUGGACAAAGUAUUCCAUGUGGCUUCUGAUGUGGAACUGAAGCGCUUCCAAAAUUUGUUCUUCAUGAAGAUAGCUGAAAGCCUGACUGAUCAACAUAUCUGGUUUUCAGUCAUUGAGCGUCCAGCAAGAAGUCCCUUCACCCGGGUUCAACGAGUUUCCUGCUGCUUUUCACUCCUCCUUGGUUCAAUGCUGACCAACAUUAUGUUCUGGGGCACUUCACCCAAUGAGUCAUUGCAGUACACAACUCUGGGUGAAUUCAGUCUUUUCAUGAGAGAGUUAAUGAUUGGGGUUGAGAGUGCCUUCAUCAUGUUUCCCAUCAAUCUGGGAAUUGUACAGAUUUUCAGAUCCCUCCAUCCCAGUCCAAGUGAGACAAAUGCAUUAAAAUACAAAAGCACACAGAGUUCCUUGUCCACCAGUUCCAAUGCAGGUUCGCUUACUCCUGAGUCUCUGUUGCAGGAUAUUAGACAGAUCAUCAACCUUAUCUCCAGGACCCUGGAGGAUGGUGUACCAGCCCUGGAAGAGGAAGUCAAUAAUGCUGGUGAUAUCAAUCAGCUUUUAGUGCUAUUAGCCAAUGUUCUUCAGAUGAGUGUGGAACAGCAGAAAAUGGACGAGAAUGAAAAUACUACAGAGGGAAAUCCCACAACUGGUUUGAAGAAGCAGAGCCCCAAACUGCAAUUGCACUGUCUGUGCACAUUGUUGGAACAAGUGAAAAAGAAUUUAAAUCAGAUGGGUAUGAAUAAGUUCAAGAAUCCUUACAGUCAAAUACAUGCAGUUGAUCAGGAAGUGGAAAUUAAAUCUCAUUGUAUUAAACUCUUUUGUGACAGAAGUACUACAGCAGCCUCUGAGGGAUUGAACUGGCCAUCAGCUCACCCUGACCGUCAGGAAGACAGGAUUAGACAAAGGCGAUUUAAUGGGCUGCCCUGGUGGUUUGUGUAUAUUGCUUGGUUCUUGGUGGUUGUAACAAGUGCUACAUCUGCCUUCUUCACCAUGUUAUAUGGACUAACGUAUGGUAAAGUUCAGUCAAUCAAGUGGUUAAUCUCCAUGGCAACAUCACUGUUUCAAAGUGUGUUUAUUCUGCAGCCAGUAAAGGCUCUUUGUACUGCUGCAUUUAUCGCUUUGUUUGUGAGAAAAGUAGAUCAUCAUGGUGAUGAACAGACAUUCCACCUGACAACAAGGAUAGAUACGAAUGUUUUAUCAUCAGAACGAAACAGUAAAAUCUACCAUCCACUACCAGUUCAAUCUGUAGAACACAUGAAAGAGAUGAAAAGGAAAGAGAAGAAAAUGUAUGCUCGGAUCCAGGAGAUUCUGGUUCAUUUGGUGUUUAUCUCCUUGUUGCUGACUAUUGCUUAUGGAGAGCAAAAUCUCAAUUCAUUCCACCUCAACAGAAUUAUUAACCAAACAUUCAGUCCUUCCUUCAACAAUAUCCAAAGCAUGGAUGACUUUUACAUCUGGGCCAACAAUCUGUUACUGCCCAAACUAUAUGGAAGCUAUAAAGGAUUUAUAACUGAUGGCUACUCAAAACUCCUUGGAAGUCCUCGCAUUCAGCAGCUGAGAGUAAAAAAGCAUGAUUGUCCUGCAUUGAAAAUGUUAAAAAGUAUUGUUAAAAAAUGUGAAGUACCCUACUCUUUUGAUGAGGAGGAUAUGUCAAACUAUGGUGAGCAAUGGACAAGUAACAUCACAGCACAGGCCUCAAAUCUCAGUUAUGUCUGGCAAUACCAAUCAAAAUUACAGGAGUAUCCAUUCUGGAGAAAUCUUGCGUUAUACAGAGGAAGUGGUUAUGUAGCUGACCUGACUACAGAAAUAGAGAAUGCUUCCAGGAUUGUUAAAUACUUAGCUGAAAACAAUUGGAUAGACAGUUACACAAGGGCCAUCUUCAUUGAGUUCACAGUAUACAAUGCAAAUGUAAAUCUGUUCUGUGUCGUCAUAUUAACACUGGAGACGAAUGGCAUAGGUGCCUUUAUAACUUCUAUCUAUCUGGAAAGCAUACAACUGGUCCACAAUAGGGAGAUUACCAUUCUGUUUUCUGCAGUAAAGAUUGCAUUCAUGCUGUUCGUCAUUUAUUACAUGGUAGUACAGGGAAAACUUCUCAAAAAGCAGAACUGGAAGUAUUUCAUGGAGAAAGCUAAUCUGAUGGAAAUGUCCAUUAUCCUGUGCAGCUGGAGUGGAUUUGCACUGUUUCUGAAACGAUUAUUACUUGAAAGUGCAACUCUAAGUAAUUAUCUCAAAAAUCCUCAAAGUUACGUUAGUUUCCAUGGGUUGGCUAUCAUUAACACUGCAUUUAAUUACAUCGUGUCUGUAUUGGUGGUACUGAACAGUCUGAAGCUCUGGUGUAUGCUGCAUCUGAACCCAAAACUGUAUCUACUCACAUCUGCAAUGCAGAGAGCCUGGAAAGAACUCAAAGGUUUAUUUCUUAUUAUGGGACUACUACUUGUGGCCUAUUCCAGUGUGUCCUAUGUGAUGCUAGGUCCAUACUUACCAUUGUAUGCUACAUUCUUCAAGGCUGUUUUAGCAAUGCUCAGUCUCCAGCUGGGAUACUUCAAUUAUGAUGAGGUGAUGGAACUUUAUCCCAUCGCAGGUGUAAUUAUCGUGACUACCUCCACCAUCUGUAUGACCUUCUUGGUUUUAAACCUCAUUCUAACUUUGCUUCUGGUGACCUUCACAGUGGAGCGGCAUUCUCCAACACCAUCUGAAGAUCAGGAAGUAAUAGACCUACUGUUGGAGAAACUCUAUGGCCUCUUUGGAACUCGCAGCAAUGGGAAAUCCUCUCAUCGGGAAAAGCAGACAUCAGAGUUCUAG